GCAGACGCCAGGCGCAGCCCGAGCGAGCGCACGCAGGGCGCGGACCCCGCGAAUCCGGGCGAGACCCACGGAUUGGAGCCUCCCCCCCGCACCCGACCCCCACGAUCGGAGCCGGGGCCUGGAGGGGUCCCUGUUCCUCAAGGAGGGGGUCAUGGCCUUCAUGCUGCUCACUCGGCAACUGGCCUGCGGCUCCCAGAACACCCUCCGCCUGCUGGUGCCUGCAGCCAGACAUAUCAGCCAAGCUGCAGCCAAAGUUGAUGUAGAAUUCGAUUAUGACGGACCCCUGAUGAAAACAGAAGUCCCAGGACCUAGAUCUCUGGAGUUAAUGAAACAGCUGAACAUAAUUCAGAAUGCAGAGGCCGUACAUUUUUUCUGCAACUACGAGGAGAGCCGGGGCAACUAUCUGGUGGAUGUGGACGGCAAUCGCAUGUUAGACCUGUAUUCUCAGAUCUCCUCUGUCCCCAUAGGUUACAAUCACCCUGCCCUCCUGAAACUUGUCCAACAGCCUCAGAACGCGAGCACUUUUAUCAACAGACCUGCCCUAGGCAUCUUGCCUCCAGAGAACUUCGUGGACAAGCUCCGGGACUCCUUGCUCUCGGUUGCUCCCAAAGGGAUGUCUCAGCUUAUGACCAUGGCCUGCGGCUCCUGCUCCAAUGAAAAUGCAUUCAAGACCGUCUUCAUGUGGUACAGGAGCAAGGAGAGAGGGCAAAGGGGGUUCUCAAAAGAGGAGCUGGACACCUGCAUGAUUAACCAGGCCCCUGGCUGCCCCGACUACAGCAUGCUGUCCUUCAUGGGCGCGUUCCACGGGAGGACCAUGGGCUGCUUAGCGACCACACACUCCAAAGCCAUUCACAAGAUCGACAUCCCCUCCUUUGACUGGCCCAUCGCCCCCUUCCCACGGCUGAAGUAUCCUCUGGAGGAGUUUGUCAAGGACAACGAGCAGGAGGAGGCCCGCUGCCUGGAGGAGGUGGAGGAUCUGAUCGUGAAGUAUCGGAAGAAGAAGAAGACAGUGGCGGGGAUCAUUGUGGAGCCCAUCCAGUCUGAGGGCGGGGACAACCAUGCAUCAGAUGACUUCUUCAGGAAACUGAGGGACAUUGCCAGGAAGCAUGGCUGUGCUUUCUUGGUGGACGAGGUCCAGACUGGAGGGGGCUGCACUGGAAAGUUCUGGGCCCAUGAGCACUGGGGCUUGGAUGACCCAGCAGAUGUGAUGACCUUCAGCAAGAAGAUGAUGACAGGGGGUUUCUUCCACAAGGAGGAGUUCCGGCCCAGCGCACCUUACCGGAUCUUCAACACCUGGCUGGGGGACCCAUCCAAGAAUUUGCUCCUGGCUGAGGUCAUCAACAUCAUCAAGCGCGAAGAUCUGCUGAGCAACGUGAUGCAUGCGGGGAAGGCCCUGCUGGCUGGGCUGCUGGACCUCCAGGCCCGGUAUCCCCAGUUCAUCAGCAGGGUAAGAGGACGAGGCACCUUCUGCUCCUUUGACACGCCAGAUGAAUCCAUACGGAAUAAACUCAUUUUACUGGCCAGAAACAAAGGUGUGGUGCUGGGGGGCUGUGGUGAUAGAUCCAUCCGUUUCCGCCCCACGCUGGUCUUCAAGGAUCACCAUGCUCACCAGUUCCUCAAUAUUUUCAGCGACAUCUUAGCAGACUUCAAGUAAUGAAGCCAUUCCCACGGCGCUCGAGGAAGCUCCAAGCUCAACAGUUGUCAAAUUGAUUAGUUUGCCUAAUUCAUGUUUUCACUUAAAAAGUAUCAGAGGCAAGAAGAGCAUACAUGAAGGGUUAUUUGUGUGGAGGAGAUAGAUGGUGGUGGUGGUGGCGAGAGUGGGGGGAGAGAGAGAGAGAGAGAGAGAGAAGGUGAGGGAGAGGAAGGGAGAGGCUGCUCUUGAUUUUCCUCUUAGCACAACUAAUGAUCACAUUGGUUAAACUCCAGAAACUCUGCUUGAGCCUUGGUCACCGUCUUAGAAAAGACAUGGUGUCCUGGCCACCUGGCCAUCUUUCUACCCAUCCUUGACCCCUAAUGAUCCCUUUGGAAGCUGAUCUGAGACUGGCAGCUGGGACCCUUGGGUUCCAGUCCAUCUCCAGGGUCCUGUAUUGUGACUUCCCCAUCCCCAUGUCUCCGGUGUGGAGCUCCGGCGCAUCCGGCACGCAGCUCAAGGAGGGACUGGAUGGCCCCUGCAAGGGCGAUGAGGUGGAGGAUUAAGGGCUGAGCUUGGGGGAGGGGAGGGCCCCCCCCCCCGGCCUGCUGAAGGUGGAGACCACUCCUCCCAUUUCACCUGGCAAUGCCUCUGAACUGUGAAUUCUGCUCUGGGAGGAACUGUGGGUGGCAUCACUAAACUCCUCCCUGCUCAAUGCCAGCUUAGAUCUGGGGUUAUGGGGGGAGCUAGGGGAGAGCUUCAGCCUGAGGGUUUACUAAGUGUUAAAAGCACAAGAUCAAGGGGACGCAAAACCACUUCAUCUUCUCUCCCAGGACCUCUGGGCUUUUGACCUCUGACCCCUGACCUCUAACUUCUUUUCUCCAGCUUUGGUUCAUCCACCUUCAUUCUGCUCUAUCUGAGUGGACCACUGCGGGACUAGAUUUCUUCUCGAGGGAAUGGAAGUUGCCCCUUGGGCGGGGGUGGGGGGGAAGCCUUAGAUCCAAGGUGGUUUCUCUGAACUUGCUCCCAAACUCAGAGGUUUUCCUGAGAUGCCUGAAUUUGGGGAUUCAUUACUAGGCCGGUGCACAGAUUGCAGCCAAGGCUGAGUACUAGCUGGGGGUAGGGGGCAGAGAGACAAUCUUGGAACUGACUUAACCUCAGAUGCUCCCAUAAAAGCACCCGAUCCUCCGAAGCAAGGCAGUUCUUGGGAGGGCAGACCCGAGAGAGGACUGGUAGAUGCUCCCUUGAGAGGAGGCCACUUGACACACACACACACACACACACACACACACGCACGCACGCAUGCACGC